UCUCCCUUAUCCUCCCCCAUGCCUUCUUCUUCUUCUUCUUCUUCUUCCUCUCUCCCUCUCUGAAGCUGAGGAGAUUGGAGGUGUUCACCUUCUCUCGCUUCUCUCUCUCUCUCUCUCUCUCUCUCUCUCUCUCUCUCUCUACCACAUCAGUCUCCUUCAAACUUGAGGUAGUUUGGUCUCUCUUUAUCCAUUUCUUCCUCAAUCAACUCCCUACCCCUCAUCACUGUGCCCUACAAGUUGCAUAAAUUAGAUGCAGUAGCUUGGUCUCUUCCCAGAAGCUCGCUCUCUCUCUCUCUCUCUCUCUCUCUCUCCCUACAGCGCCUCACAUCUCAAGCUUUCAGCGGGAGAUGUCCUAACAAGGCCCAUAAAAUGGUAGUACCAUCUCUCAUAUAGGAAUCCUGAGUACUCUACAAGCCAAAGGCCUGCAUGAUCUCUAGGUAUCGCUUCCUCUUGACCUCCAUCACAGCAAAUUAAAGCAUCUAUAUCGGCUGCUGGAUCUUGGAGUUUGAUUGUUAGAUUGUUCCCUGUGCCUCGCCCCUCUCUCACCAUCAUUAGAUCUCAAGUCCUUAUCUGUGAAGUACCAUGGUCUGAUCCAGACAUGGAGGGCGAACCUGGCGGAUCACGACGGCCCAACUUCCCUCUCCAGCUCCUCGAGAAGAAGGAAGAAGACUCCUGCUCCAGCUCCGCUUACCCUUCCUUAGCCAUAUCCUCCACCACCGCCGCUGGCGAGAUCGCCGCUGACCGACUGAGGAAGCCGCCGCCCAAGCGGAGCUCCAACAAGGACCGCCACACCAAGGUCGAGGGGCGCGGCCGCCGGAUCCGCAUGCCCGCCCUCUGCGCAGCUCGCGUCUUCCAGCUCACGCGCGAGCUGGGCCACAAGACCGACGGGGAGACCAUCGAGUGGCUGCUCCAGCAGGCCGAGCCCGCGGUGAUCGCGGCCACGGGCACCGGCACCAUCCCCGCCAACUUCACCUCGCUCAACAUCUCCCUCCGCGGCUCCGGCUCCAGCGUGUCCGCUCCCUCCCACCUCCGCGCCGCGAAUUACUUCGGUGGCGUGGCGGCCGCUCACCCCGGCCCGUCCCUUCGGUUCCACAACGAAUGGGAACGUGGCGGCAGCUCUGCUUUCCCCCCGGAGGUCCCGUCGUCCUCCUCCUCCGUGCUUCUCAAUUUCAACUCAUGCAGCAUCGGCCUCGACGCAUCGUCGGAGGCCGACAUCGGGAACAUAAGGAAACGCCGAUGGGAGUCGGAGAUUCAUCAGCAUCAACCAUCGCCAGUGCAGCAUCAGAUGGCAGGCUACAGCCAGGCAAGCCAUGGGCAGAUGCCAGGAACUGUAUGGAUGGUCACAAACCCUAACGCACAAGACAUGGUGGGCAGUAGCAACCAGUCUAUAUGGACAUUCCCUCAAGCAGCAAAUGCCUCCAUGCUUAGAGGAUCCAUGUCCGGCGGUCUGCACUUCAUGAACAUCCCUACGCCCAUGGCUCUUCUGCCAAGCCAGCAGCUUGGGCUGGGUUCCGGCGGCGGCGAGGGGUACACGGGAAUCCCUUCCGCCCUCAACAUGUAUCGAUCGUCGCCGAGCAACUCCGAGGCGAUGCAGUCUCUGACCCAACAAUCGCACCGAGACAGCGAGCGCCAUGACACGAUGAGCACCAGCGAUUCGUAGCUCGGCCUCACAACCAUGCAUGCGCUGGUUUUCCCUCUUCUUCUGCUUUAAUCUUUCGAUUUUUGGAUGAUUUUUUACUCUAUUUGUUUUGACUAUAAGCCUACGUCCGUCACUCGCAAUACGAAUGCAAGUCAUUUCUGUGUGUGAAAUGGCAGGUUUUGAUGGUUUCACUACCUUAAUUUGGAUCGACACACAGUGUUGUGAUCCUAUCUUUCAUAACAUGAUCUCUUUUCUUCUCCA